CUUGCCGUUUCAAUUCUCCUCCUGUCUUUGUGCCUUAACACCCAAGUCUCCCUCCAUUCCAUAUAUUCCCCUUCCCUUCCCUUCCCUUUCUCCACCAUUAAACCUCUCAUCAGCUGCGCUAAUCCACUCCCUAGUCACCAUCUAAUCAGGAUCCCCGGCCAUGUCGAUGGCGGCGGCGGAGGUGCCAGUGGCGGCGCCGGUGAGGACUGUGAAGGUCACUAAUGUCUCCCUGAGUGCAACUGUGCAAGACAUUAAGGAGUUCUUUUCCUUUUCAGGAGACAUUGAACAUGUGGAGAUGCAAAGUGGUGAUGAAUGGUCUCAAGUUGCAUAUGUGACUUUCAAAGAUGCACAAGGCGCAGAGACUGCACUUCUUCUCUCGGGUGCGACAAUAGUUGAUCUUUCUGUCAUCAUUGCACCUGCUCCAGCAUAUCAACCACCCCCUACUGCCUCUGCUCCACCAAUGAGUGGAACCAGAGUCCCAGUUGGUGGAGACAAUGCUGUCCACAAGGCUGAGGAUGUUGUCAGCACUAUGCUUGCUAAGGGCUUCGUCCUAGGCAAAGACACCAUUGGCAGGGCAAAAACAUUUGAUGAGAAGCACGGCUUCACAUCCACAGCUGGUGCCAAGGUGGCCUCCAUUGACAAGAAGAUUGGCCUGAGCGAGAAGAUCACUACUGGCACUUCCAUGGUCAGCGAGAAGGUCAAGGAGAUGGAUCAGAAGUUCCAGGUGUCAGACAAGACCAAGUCUGCAUUCACCGCUGCUGAACAGAAGGUGAGCAGCGCUGGGUCCGCUAUCAUGAAGAACAGGUAUGUCUUCACUGGUGCAUCGUGGGUCACCAAUGCGUUCAACAAAGUUGCCAAGGCUGCCACGGAUGUCGGGACAAUGACAAAGGAGAAGAUGGCAGCUGAGGAACAGUAUAAGGGUUCCGGCCCUUCUUCUGGGGGCCGCUCGUAUGCACCUAUCCAAUGAUUAUUUGGUGUGCUGUUAUGUGCCUCAAUGGGUUGUAUUGGUGGAUGUAAAACAUAGAUAUAGAACAAAUCAGGCCUCUGGCCAUAUGUUCAUCGUUUCAUCUGCUAACUUUCGUAUUGCAGGAAUGUUGUUUCUGUAGAACAGAAGAUAUGCUGGUGGUUACAAUGUAUUCCGGUGGUUUAUACGAAUCAUUUUCAGACUGGUUCUGGUUGGAAUUUGCAUGAACUUUUUGGUUAAACUGUGGGAAGUUACUGUAAUAAUAUGCUGGUGUUGUUUCCUGAA